UGACGUCCGAAUCUGCCGUGUGCCGACCGCGUCCUCGCCUCGCCUCCACUCGUACACCAGCGUGGCGGGUGGCGGCGGUAUCGCAUCCGUACGGUUCUUCAACCACUCCUUCUCUCGCCCAUCCCUUCCCCCACGCCGUUCUUUCCUCUCUGCCCCUCUCCCUCUCCACCCUCCCCGGCGGCAUCUAGCUCGCCGAAACCCAGUGAGGACCCUGAAACUUCUUCGCCGGUGCACCAGAAACCCGAAGCAGAGGUAGAGGAUCACCUCGAUCUUCCGGCCGUCCACUGGUUGGUGGUUGCUGCCUGGGAAAGGAAGUUCUUGGCAAUUGUCUUCCGUUUCUAGUGCUGCUGCUAGCUGCCAAGACGGCUCCACCGCGUGUGGCUCCGGCUCUUCCCGCCGUCCCGGGUCACUCUGGCCUUCCUCGUGGCGCCCCCGCUUCGUCGCACGCUGAAUAAUGGGGUGUGGGGGGCACACGAGCACGCCAUCUCCGCGCCGUCGCUGCUGCCGCGGAGUCUCUCUCCCAUAGACAACGGCUAAGCAGUAAGCACAUGACAUGAUCACCGCCGCGCUCUGUUUUGGAAGGUGAUCGGGAUUCUGAUUCAGUGGCCAUGGCCAGGAUGAGCUGCUUCUCCAUCCUGCUCACCGGCCGGAGGCAGAAACGAGUGCAGGUUGGUGAUGCCGGCAAGGAUGCUGGAACUGGGAGCGAGCGCCAAAUGGUGAAGCCGGUGGCGGUGGAGUCUACUGACGCGCUGCCGGCGGUUGCCGCUGCCGUGGUGGAGAAAUGCGGCGACAAGAUCGUCGCCGAUGUGGUGAUCGUGGUGGCGCACAAGGGCGCCAGUGAGGUGUCGCCAGCAAGAUCGGACAGUCUGUCUGACGACAUUGAUUUCGAGUUCCACCCGCAGCACAAGUCCGUCGCCGUCGGCUCCGACGUCCAGGGACCGGAGAAGCAUGCCGCUGGCACCGUCCCGGACGCGCCGGUGAUCGCGAGCGCCGGGGAGGAGGCUGCGGCAGCGGAGGUGGAGGUCGACCCGUCGGCGAAGCUCAAGCGCUCGUGCUCCAACAUCGAGACGAAGCGGCCUGGCCCGAGGGAGGUCCCGGGCACGCGGGUGCGGUCGCGCUCCUACGGCGACCUGCCGGGCGACCUCUUCAUGGUCACCACCACGCGCCGCGCGCACGAGGCGAGCCCCGAUGCGUCGGUGAAGACGUCGCGCACCGCCGACGGCGUGAUGCUCAAGCGGCGGUCGUCCAGCCAGGUGCUGCCGUCGCGGAGCCGGAAGCUGUGGUGGCGGCUCUUCCUCUGGAGCCACCGCAACCUGCACCGGCCCUGGUCGGCGCGCCCGAGCGACGCCGAUGCCGGCACUCCCCGUGGCGGGUACACGUCGGACACGCUCGAGGAACCGGCCGACCGCAAAAACAAGAAGCCGAUGGUGGACGAGUCGCCGCCGCAGCCGCCGUCGCAGAACCAGUGGGUGGCCUUCUGCGCCGACCACUCCCUGAGCGACCGCGUCAGCGACUGGGUGAGCAGCAUCGACAACAGCGGGUGCCUCCGCAUCGCCGAGGAGCACAACAACGGUGGCGACCAUGGCAUGGACCUCACGGACGACUCCGUGGCGCGCCCGCGUCCCAUCGAGGCCGGGGAGUCGUCGGGCAAGGGCCACGGCAGGGCCAAGCGGUGCGCGGCGGCGGACGACGUGGCCCAGGCCAACAGCAUCGUCCAGUCCCUCAACGGCUUCUCGUCCGUGGCGCACAUCUCCGGCAUGGGCCUCAAGGUCGUGCCCAUGAUCGCGCCCUUCUCCAACCUCCGCGCCGUCAACCUCUCCGGCAACUUCAUCGUUCAUAUCUCGCCCGGAUCGCUGCCGAAGGGCCUGCACUCGCUGGAUCUGUCGCGGAACAAGAUCGCAAACGUCGAGGGGCUCCGGGAGCUGACGAAGCUGCGCGUGCUCAACCUCAGCUACAACCGGAUCUCGCGCAUCGGCCACGGGCUGUCGAACUGCACGGCGAUCAGGGAGCUGCACCUGGCGGGGAACAAGAUCGGCGACGUGGAGGGGCUGCACCGGCUGCUGAGGCUGGCGGUGCUGGACCUGGGCUUCAACAGGCUCACCACGGCCAAGGCGCUGGGCCAGCUGGUGGCCAACUACCACUCCCUCCUCGCGCUCAACCUGGUGGGCAACCCCGUGCAGGCCAACGUCGGCGACGACGCGCUGCGCAAGGCCGUCACCGACCUCCUCCCGCAGCUCGCAUACCUCAACAAGCAGCCCCUCAAGCCGCGGGAGACGGCCACCGACAGCGUCGCGCGCGCGGCGCUCGGCACGGGAGGGCGCAGGCGGGGGGCGUCGCGGCGCCUGAGCCAGAGCCCCGGGUCAUCGUCGUCAUCGUCGUCGAGAAGCAGGUCCAAAGGCAGGCAGCACCACGGCUCGAGCAUGACGGCAAGGAAGUGAACAAUGAUCAAUUCUUUUUACUCCCAACAACAGAGGACGCUGCCACAUUGGUAUCCAAUCAGUCCUCGCCGGCCGCUUGGCGGAGCGUGUCGCCGCCUUCCUGCUGAUCACAGUGGGAGUUGUGUGGACUCGUAGAUUGUUGGAGACCAUUUGGGAGCAUCCAAGGUGUCAAGAAAUUUGCGAGGGUUUGGAGUUUGCCAUAAGAACUACCGGUACCCAAGGGAGGAGCCCCGGCAUGGGUUGGUCGACGCUCUCGGACAAGAAGGGUGAGACGUCAGUUGUGGUUGAGGGCAUUUGUUUUCUCUACCUCUUCGGCGGAAAUUAGCAUUCCUUUGAGAACAUGAACUUGGGGAUACAUCUUUGUCUCCACCACUUUGGUUAUCUCGCUGCUUUGUGUUAUACUAGAUGACCGGUUGCGCCAAACGGCAUAGUGUCCUGUUUGAAACCAUGAGUGCUUUGGAAAUAAUUGCAUUCGUUAGUAACUUCA